GCGAGGCCUGAAGAGGCGGAGGAGAGGAGCCAUCAUUUGCAGAAUGGGAAGGGGUUUGUGAAUCCAUGGGAUAGCUUUCGCGAUUUUAAUCCUUUCAAGAUUAUGCUGAGUAUGGUUUGGUAAGGGUUCUUUCUCUCUACCCACCACUUCCGCUUCGAGCUAUGGUAGAGCUUUGCAGCGCAUGGGAAGGAAUGCAUGUGCUGACAGAGGGACACAGGAGAAGACUAUCAGGCCAAAUGCACAUGCCCGACACUACGCCUCCCACCGUCCCCAUCCGCACGCCCGAGUUCUUGCCCUCCCGAGCAACGAAGAAGCUCCGCGCAACCUGGCUCGGCCACGCCUGCUACUACAUCGAAUUCCCCUCCGGCCUCCGCGUGCUCUUCGACCCCGUCUUCGAAGACUGCUGCGCGCCCAUCAACCUCAAAAACCUCAAGCGCUACACCCCUCCCCCCUGCGAAAUCGAAGACCUGCCCGUCGUCGACGCUGUCAUCAUCAGCCACAACCACUACGACCACCUCUCCUACCCGACCAUAAAACGCAUACAUACGAAGUUCCCGAACGUGCAUUUCUUCGCGCCCCUGGGCAAUAAGAAGUGGUUUGAGAAGUGCGGGGUCAGGAACGUGACCGAGUUGGAUUGGUGGGAGAGCAGGGAUGUGCGGCUGGAGACGUAUAAGGAUAAGGAGGAGGGGGAGAGCGGGAGCGAUGGGUUAAGUGUGACGAAGAGCGGGGAGGGGAAUAAGGAGGAGGGCGGCAUUACGGCGACGAUUGGGGCUCUGCCAUGUCAGCAUGUCAGUGCCAGGACGCCGUUUGACAAGUGUAAAACAUUGUGGGCGAGUUGGAGUCUGGAGUCUGGCGGCGCGAAGGUGUGGUUCGCUGGAGACACAGGAUACCGCUCUGUUCCCCACGUUCCUGCCGGUAUCGAUGACUACUCCGACGCCUAUGCUCACCUGCCGCACUGCCCGGCCUUUGCGCAAAUCGGCAAGCACCGGGGCCCCUUCGAUCUCGGCCUCAUCCCCAUCGGCGCCUACGAGCCCCGCUGGAUCAUGUCGCCUAUGCACGCGAAUCCCAAAGACAGCGCGAAUAUCUUUCUGGAUACAAAGUGCAGGAAAGCGCUGGGUAUGCAUUGGGGCACGUGGGUGCUCACGGAGGAGGCUGUUAUGGAGCCCCCGAGGAAGCUGAGGGAGGCGCUAAAGGAGAAGGGCGUGGAUGAGAGGGGGGUGUUUGAUAUUUGUGAUAUUGGGGAGAGUCGGGAGUUUGAGACAUCGUGAGCUUAUUAACGGGUAUGGGCGGCAUGGGGGCAUGAUUGUACCUUUUUUUGUAACACUAUAUAUAUAUCCCUGGACGGCGAUGCGACACGGAUAGACGCAGGCAAGGAAGCCACUUUUUCCCAACCUUACUAGUAAUUACGGCUAGACAUCACCAGCUAAUGGCACGUUUCAAUCU